AUGGUUAUCUCGGGUCUUUCUCAGCUUUUGGAGAGGCAAGCCGCUGCUACUCCUCAAUACAAGGAUGAAUCCAACGCCGGCGCCCUGCUCGCAAUACACGGCACCUUCGGAGGCGUUGCUAUCCUCACGGUUCUCCUUCGAGUCUUCGUGAGAGCGUUCCUGCUCAAAAGCCUCGGGGUUGAUGACUAUGUUAUGAUAGCAGCUGCGGUUUGCGAAAUCGGCGUCAUUGUCUGUUUCGUGGGCGAGAGCAAUGCUGGGCAACUGGGGAGGCACCCAGCGCUUGUCAGCUUGCCUGAUGCCACUCUCUUUUCGCACUGGCGAUUCUUCCAUUCCAUAAUCAUCAUGGUCGGCAUAAGCCUUGUCAAGAUCUCGAUUGCAUUCUUCCUGCGCAGAUUUGUGCUGAGCAAAAACCACCAGCGUUUUCUUUUGGGGUGCAUUGUCUUUCUCGUUGCCUUUACAAUAUCCUGCGCAGGCACUCUGAUCUUCAACUGCGGCACGCGUGUGGAUGCGAACUGGAAUUUUGGUCUGCGGGCGACUGGACAAGCCAAAUGUUUCAGCAACAACACGUUUACAAAUAUUGGUAUUUUCAACAGCAGCGUCAACAUUGCCACGGAUGUCCUUUUUGCACUGCUCCCCAUACCGGUGGUGUGGAAGCUGCAAGCAAAUCUGCGGACAAAGCUGACUCUAUGUUUUGUCCUAGGCUUGGGCCUAUUCGCCUGCGUCUCAAGCAUUAUCAAGACAGUCAAACAGGCCCAUGCUCUCGAAGACCCUGACUGGACCUUUCACGAUUCCUUCUUCAUGUGGAACAACAUCGAGUUCAAUAUCGGUAUCUUGGCUGCUUCGUUGCCUUCGCUGCGUCCGCUGUUUGCCAAACUUCUCGGUGUCACGCAGCGAUUCACGUCGAACAACAGCCGCAAUCGUGCAAAUUAUGGGUACAAUGCCGACGGGCUUGCCUAUAGUCGAAGCAGAACCGACAAGCGCACCUCACACAAACCCGCCAGCCAAUACUAUCAAUUCGAUUCGCGACAGUCGACCGAGCUGGGAGAGCUGCAGAGAGGCGCGAGCCAAAAAGUACCAAAGGUCACCAGCACGGUGAGCGCGGGCGAUGACAACAGCGACAAGAUUAUGUUGGAGCAAGAUUUUCACGCAGUCAGCAGCGAGAGUCCAUGGACGAAACCGGUCCCUGGGGCCAUCACAAAAACCACGACUGUACAGGUCUCGAGAUACUAG